AUGGUCCUAAAGGCAUCGGAGCUUAAACAGUGCCCCGUGGACAGUUGGAAGAAUUAUGGUAUCGAUCACACCCAGUUAAAGUUGGACAUCGCCAAAUUAGUCAAGAUAUUGGCAAGUAUCCAUGAGAGUUACCAGUCAAAAGUAUCACAACUCCUCAAAUCAUCUUCGAAAGCUUUGAUCAAUAACCCUGCUAUUUUUGAUGACUCUUUGGCCUCAGUCUCUAAUUUGAAUUCAAAUGCCCAAACCUGUCAGUUCAAACGUGACUCUCAGGAGAACGAGGAUGUGAUGAGCAGCUCUUUUAGUUCAUCAAGCACCAAUUCUAGCUAUAACUUAUCUAGUAUAAGCCUAAGCAAUGGAGAUGAUGAAGAGCAAUUUGAUGAAGAGGGCGAAGUCGAUGAGCUCAAGGCUAUCGAAAGAUCAGUAAUUCUUCAGGACAAGUUGAAACAGUUGACUGAAUCGUAUAAGGAGCAGAAAACCAAGGCGGUGAUGCAAUUUCUUAGUUCGUUCGUCAAAGUAUUGAAGACAGUUGAUCUAUUCAUCAAUUUGAAAUAUCUCGAAUUGGUCAAGAAUUUUCAAUCCAAUAGCAACAACUUCAAAAGAAAUCAUAAGAACAUUAUCACGGAAGUGAUCAAUAUCAAUAAAAAGCUCAGUGAGUACCACAAAAAUUUAUAUCUUGAGACAAAGGCCAAUAAUUCCUUUUUAUCGGAGCUAAAUGAAAUCAAGAACAAUCCAGACAUCAAUGAUGGUAAUGGCAAUAAUCAAGGCAUCCCAUGCUUGAAUACUGAAGGUAUUAAAUUAUUGAAUUUGGACGUGGUAGCGAGGAAUUUGGAAACUAUCAAUAAUAAUAAUACCAAGCUACAUAAUAAAGUCGAUGAGUUCAAAAAUGACCUAUUCUUAUCAUUGAAAAAAUUCAUUCAUUUCCAAAAAUCGGUGUUGUUUCAUGUAUGUUAUUUUUUAAACAAGUCAAUUCUUAAGCUGAGCAAAGUUGGAAAAUAUUACCAUUCUUCUGAAAACAAUGAUUUGAAUGAUAGUGAUGAGAGUUUGAUAAAUUAUGUUGAUGCACUUUAUCUUGUAACCGGGAGAACCCAACUUAGAAGUGAUAGCUUUAAUGUUCCUUCAGCCAACGAUAAUAAUACCAAUAUAAUAAUAGACCAAAAUUUUUUGAAGAACUCUCAAUCAGAUUUAUUAUUAUCCUUUGAUGAACGUUAUGACAUUUUUAAAACAAUUUUUGAAAACUUUUUCGGGGUUGCUGAAUUUGACGAGGCUAUCAUUACACAAAUCGUUGGUUGUACAGUUUAUGAGCGCGAGUUUAUGUAUUUCGGAAAAAUUAACACAAGUUUGCUGAAUGAUACAGUCAUUUGCAUUGAUGCGCCAACUACUAGUCCCAAGGAUGCUUCCAAUCCGCUCUUGAACGUUGAAACUCCUCUCAAUACUAUACCCUUAGUUCAUGAUUCCUUCUUAACCUUAGUUUCUCUCUCAUCAUCGGCCAUGAAAUUUUGGACCCUUGAUCUCUCAAGCGCAUAUCUUGUAAUUCACGAAAUCCUACGAAUUUCAAGUUUGAAUUUUGGAAUUUAUGACUCAAUACUGGAAUUAGCUCGAUGUGUAUUUGACCAACGUGGAUUGGUGUACAAUACAAACCAAUUGAACUAUAUGUAUCAACUUAAUAACUUGGGAAAACACUUGAUUCCUGCUGACCAAUUACGCUUGUUGGCCAUAGGUAAUGAGUCAAAAUCGAGGAUUAAUGAAUCAGAAUUUGAUGUGGCAUCGACAAAAUGUGGGAAUUCAGCUUGGUUCUUAGUAUCAAAUCAAUAUAUUUAUGAGGUGCGGUUUUUGUUAGAUUCCAUGUUUCAAAAAAUUGGCCACACAACAGGGGAUGUUGCCGAGCAGCAAGAAAGAAUUGGUCAAUUAAUAAAGAAAAUUAUGAAUACUUUUGGCUCCAAACUGAAUGAAGAGGAAAACUUUGAUGGAAACAAGGUUGAAUCCAAAAAAUAUAUGAAAGCUAACAUUAUUAAUGAUAAUAAAAGAGAAGAAAAAGAUUCACGACUUGACGCUGAUGAAUGUUUAUCAGGGAGCCCUCAGAUGUGCUACUUCUUUCACUCUGAAAUACAAUCUAAUCAUUUGGGUUCUUCAAAACCAGUAUACGUGUAUGAUUCCUCAUUAGACAACUCAAUCUUGGCGAUGGGGACCAGUGGGUUUUUAGGAAAAGUUUCUGAUAUUCGAUUGGAUCGCCAAGUAUUGAAAUUGUUGAACACUCCUGAUCUUGCCAAAAAAUUGCUUGAUGCUCAAGAUCUCACACUGAUCACUCAGGAAAUCAAUGAAUAUUUCCAUGGUGAUAAGGCCAAGUUUAAAGAGUUUCAGCAGUUAUUCAAUCAACAAGUUUACAAUUAUUCAUGUUUCCAGACUACGAAAGAGCGUUACAAUUACAAGUUGAAACACCCGAAACUUGAUGACAUUGCAAAUUUCUACAUGACUCUAUAUUGCAAUGUUAAGUUUCAGGAUGAGCGAAGUUCUUUGGACCACAAGAAAAAUACUUGUCUCUUUGGUUAUUCUUUGCUCGAAAUCAACUGGGACACUGAUGUUCAAUUUGAUGAUAUUAUCAAAACUUUAGUGAACUCCAACUAUUUGUAUGAAGUUCCUAGUUUUAGUCCUUUUAUUUAUUCACUAUUGGUAUUUGGCGUCGUGGGUGGAAAUGGAGACCAGCAAGAGGAAAAUGUUGUUUACAAAGAUGGAAAUGAAGAACUUGUUUACGAUUUAGAUUGGUUCCAUAAAAUUACUAGUCGGAAGUUCAAGUUGGAUGCAGUGAUUGAAAACCGACUAUUCAGAACAAAUCAAAAGAAAGAUCUUAUGGUGAAGCUUCAACGCGAACAACAAAAACUGUUGGAGGGACAUGGAUCAUUGGAUGCAAACAAGCAGCGAUUCAACAGAAUUUCUUCUCUUGAUAGACGUCAUCCAAACCAGAUUGGCAAGCAGCGGUACUGGAACGAAUUUGAUGACAAUCCAGAAGAAUGGGGUAGUGGAGGUUUUGAUGUGAAUAAUGGGUUCUACCAGGAUGAGCCUCGCGGUAUAUUGAUAUCUGAAUCGAUUAUUGAUUUUUUAUUGAAUUUGUCAACAAGUAUUAGCACAGGAAUCACCUCUUUGCAAUCGUCAAUCAGUAAGAAGAUAAACAAAACCGGUAAUAAUAGAGUAUCAGUUUAUAAUGAACAGGAUUCUUUGUUGCCAGGUCAUGGCGACUACGGAAGAAGCCUGGCCAGUACUCAUGAUAUGUACAGUGUUUCUGAUAAUUCAGACGAGGAACAAUCUAUUGGUGCUGGAAUGUACGGGUCGGCUAACGGUAACAAUGGUUAUGGAUCCGUGAGUAAUAAUUAUCAUUCCAAUAAGUUGCAUAAUGAUAACGACAAUACCAAUAUCCAUAGAUCAUUUGCUGACCCUGAAUUAGAAAGAGCGCAUAACCAUGAUAUCAUUGCCACAUUCUUGUAUUUUGUCUUACCUACAAUUGCAGCUAUUAUCACCGGUUCAUCUCUCGGAAUAAAUUACUCAAUAAUCUUGAAUCCAGAUUUUGAAUACUCCCACACGUCAUAUCUUUUGAUCAUGUUUCUGUUGGUGUUUGGCUUGAUAAUAGCGUUUUUCCUUGUGACAAUUUCCAUUAUCUUCUUGGCUGGUAGAAUUUAUCCAGCUCCAUUACAUCACUAUGUAUGGGUUUGGCUGGUGUUUAUUGCGGUGGUAUUGGCAAAUUUGAUGGUUAUUACCGAAUUUGUGGAAGUUUAG